AUGAUCUUCGCGAGCCCCACGAAUUUGAAUCCUAAGAAAGCGUCGCCGCUUGAAGUUCUCACAAACAAAUCGCCGGAUUUGCGCAACAUCGUCGUGUUUGGCUCCCACUGUACUGUCUACCGUGAUCCAAGCAAGAACGCGUCCGCGCGCCGCGCUCAAGUGUGCACGAUCGUUGGAUGCAGUGACGAAGCCAAGGGUUUCAGAGUAUUCAUCAGGAAGGAAAACAAGGUUAUCACGACGCAGCAUGUCAAGAAUAUUGAAUCGUUGUCUGAAGCCCAGAGCAGGCAGCUGCAACUAGCCCUUGAUGACGAUGACCGGGCAGAUUCAGACGAAGGCACUGAGACACCUGUGAGACAGAGCAGUAAUGUUACUGCGAGCAAGAAGCCCAAGAAGAAGAAACAUUGGAAUCACCAGCCACACGUGACCAGAGGUGCGGCAAAGAAAGCAGCUGCAAGCCAACAAGAAGUAGCUGUCAGCGCAGAUGUCGUCAAUCACGUGUUCGACAGAGAUCCUCGCAACUAUGGCGAAGCAUUGAAGAGCAAGAAGAGAAACGAGUGGCAAAAAGCAAUGCGUGAGGAGCUGGACGUGCUCAAAAGAAACGAAGUGUGGCGUCUGGCACUCCGAUCAAGCAACAGCAACGUUCUCCACAGUAAAUGGGUCUUUAAGACUAAGACGACUGCCGAUGGAGAUUUGGAAAGGCACAAAGCGCGCCUCGUUGCCUGCGGUAAUAAACAAGUUUUUGGGGUGGACUACGCGCUAACUUUCGCUGCAGUCAUGGACACGACGACAGUGAAAGCAAUCUUGGCGUUAGCUGCUACAUGGGGCGUCCCGGCUAAGCACGGAGACGUCCCCAAUGCUUACGUAAACGCAGAGAAGGAACAGCAUCUCGAGAUUCUGAUGCAUGUCCCCAAGGGCAUGACGAUUGAUACAAGAGAGUUAAUAGAACUGGGGGCAACGAAGAUUGAAGAUGUCGUGCUUGAACUGAAGAAAAGUCUUUAUGGCUUAAAGCAGGCAGGGCGAUUGUGGAGCCAAUUGCUUAACAAUCGGCUAUUGGAAGCCGGAUUUACUCGCUGCAUCAGCGACCUCUGCUUGUAUUACAAGCGCGACAUCGAUAAAGUCGUCAUCUUCGGAGUCUACGUGAACGAUUUUGUGGCAAAUUCACUACUCAAAUUUUGUACGAGGAUCGGUGGCCACACCUUUAAAGCGCCGCUUACUGGUGGAAAAGAAGGCCAUGAGACUCGGCGAUCCAAUACGGAGGUGGGAGAUGAUCUUAACGGGAUCGGCGAACCGAUCCAACUGUCGUUAGACUAA